GGCUUAUUAUUAAAAGGUAAAACGAAUUGCGAAUAAUGACUUAGCAAUCAUCCGAGUCAAACCAUUUCUUAUGACUAUUGCUGUUAAUAUUAUUCGUGUAUCAGAUAGAGGACUUCCAACAAAUGAUUACAUACCAUGUACAGCUAUUGGUUGGGGAGAAGUUGAUACACCACCUGGCCGACAAAAUACAUGUUUACACAAACUUAAAGUAUUUUCUUCAAUGUCUGCUAAAGCAUGUCCAGGUCUUCAAGAUUGGGAGAGGAGAAAAAUCAUUUGCUUACAACAAGAUAAGGGAAAAGGAUUAUGUGAUGGUGACUCUGGUGGUCCACUAAUAUGUCAAGGUAUACAGUAAACUACUAGAAUAGCCUACAUAGUAUGAAUACUUUAUAUUACYUAUUUAACUAGUUAAUUUUAGGGGAAUUAUAUGGAAUAGCUCAUCAAGUAUACAAAGAAAUAAAAAACGAUAGUGAACGGAAAGAUUUAGAAC